UUACGCGACGACGAGGUGUUUCACCAAAAAAAUCGUAGCAAAUCUUCAUACAAGGCAAGAUGGCUUCCUUUAAUCCAACACAAAUCUUUGAGAAUGGUACGACCGAGGAGAAGGGAGAGAACGCUCGUCUCUCUGCUUUUGUUGGUGCUAUUGCAGUUGGAGACUUAGGUAACAUGAACCCCUCCAUGAAGCUUCGAAUUAUAGCCUGCUAAACUUUUGUGUAGUCAAAUCAACUUUAGGACCAAAGGGUAUGGAUAAGAUUCUUCAGAGCGCAAGUACCGGCGAAAUUUUAGUCACAAACGAUGGUGCCACCAUUCUCAAGGCUAUAGCUUUAGACAAUGCAGCCGCCAAAGUUCUUGUCAAUAUCUCCAAAGUUCAGGACGACGAAGUUGGAGAUGGAACCACAUCUGUUACAGUAUUAGCCGCAGAGCUUUUGCGAGAGGCUGAGAAACUGGUUGACAAAAAGAUACAUCCGCAGACCAUUAUCGAAGGUUAUAGAAUAGCGAGCCAGGCGGCCCUCUCAGCAUUGGAGAAGUCGGCGGUAGACCAUAGCAGCAAUGCGGAAGCUUUCAAAAAAGAUCUUUUAGCUAUCGCACGCACAACUUUAAGCUCCAAGGUACUCUCGCAAGAUCGAAUUCAAUUCGCUGAGUUGGCUGUCGACGCAGUUUUACGUAUGAAGGGUUCUUCGGAUUUAAGUCACAUCCAAAUCAUCAAAAAGGCUGGCGGAAAGCUGAGCGAUUCAUAUCUCGAUGAGGGUUUUAUUUUGGACAAGAAAAUUGGAGUUAACCAACCUAAGCGAUUAGAGAAGGCCAAGAUUCUUGUUGCAAAUACUGCUAUGGACACAGAUAAGAUUAAGAUUUUCGGUGCCCGAGUAAAGGUUGGCUCUACUGGAAAGUUGGCUGAGUUGGAGAAGGCCGAGAAAGACAAGAUGAAGGCAAAGGUGGACAAGAUCAAGGCACAUGGCAUCAACUGCUUCAUUAACAGACAACUCAUCUACAACUGGCCGGAACAACUCUUUUCAGAUGCCGGCAUUAUGUCCAUUGAGCAUGCCGAUUUCGAUGGUAUUGAAAGACUGGCUCUGGUUACCGGUGGCGAGAUCACAUCGACAUUUGACCACCCAGAUCAAGUCAAGCUCGGCCAUUGUGACUUGAUUGAGGAAGUGAUCAUUGGCGAAGACACUCUCAUUAGAUUCUCUGGUGUUGCUGCUGGUCAAGCUUGCACGAUUGUACUAAGAGGAGCUACCGAGCAAUUACUCGACGAAGCAGAAAGAUCGCUUCAUGAUGCUCUUGCAGUCCUUUCACAAACUGUAAAGGAGCCUAGAACUACCCUUGGUGGUGGCUGUGCCGAGAUGUUGAUGGCUAAGGCUGUUGAAGGUGCCGCAGUCAAAGUAGAUGGCAAGAAGCAAAUCGCUGUUGGCUCUUUUGCAGUAGCACUACGUCAACUACCCACCAUCCUCGCCGACAACGCCGGUUAUGACUCAAGUGAUUUAGUUGCUAGACUCCGAACAGCUAUUUAUGAUGGCAUGUCCACAUACGGACUCGAUCUUUUGACACCAGGAGGUGGAAUCGCAGACAUGCGGGAAUUGGGAGUUAUUGAAAGUUACAAGUUGAAAAAGGCGGUAGUUUCAUCUGCAUCUGAGGCAGCAGAGGUCAGUAUUACCAAUCCAACAUAUGCUUACAAUACUAACAUGGAGUAGCUCCUCCUCAGAGUGGACAAUAUCAUUCGCAGCGCUCCACGGAGAAGAGAAAGAUGAGCAUAAUGAACCCAAAAAAAUGCGACUGUAUUAUGAAGAGGCAAAAAUGGCCAAGGGGAUUUUGUACCAACUAUACCAUAGACAUAUUGCAGCAACAAUAAUGAAUGGAUGAACAACCUCUAAAUGCUCAUGGUCUUAUGUGGAGUGCAAUUUUGGGAUCUCCAGCCAAUGCAAUCUACCUCCAAAAGCGAGCCGCGUGGAUGACAGCUCGUGGAGGCAAGAACCAACAUUUGACUAUACCGGCUGUGUGAGUAGAUAUGCUA